UUCAGUGAUUAUUUAUGGUAAAAGUAAGAAAGGGUAAAUGUAUUCAUAUAAAUGCAGUAUAUAUUAUACUUCAAGUGAACUUUAGAGUCACAGUAGGAUGUUAUAGAUUAUAUGCCUUAGGACUUCUAUGUCUGGGGAUAGUAUGCGGAGAUGUCAGCUGAUCACCCAGCAUGCAGCAUUGUAAACAGAGUGAUUUUAAUCCAUUAGACAUCUUAGCCACAGCUGCUGCAUUGAAACAGACUGAUAAACCUGAAACGAAACAAAAAAUUGUUAUUGUUAAACCAAAAGAAGGAGUCAAAAUCAUAAACCCUAAAGAUCAUGCAACGUCUUCAUGUUCGACUAAUGAGAAAAAGACCAAUACAAAACCUAUUGGAUUGAUUCGAACUACAAACUUCAUUGAAGAUGGUGUGAAAAAAGUCAAACUAACUAUAAGUUCGGAGUUAGAGAAAAUGCUCAAUGAGCAUAAUUAUGGAAGUAUACAAAAAGUCAACUCAGGAAAUAAAACUGUUCUAAAAUUGCCAGAUGUUUUGUCCUUAGGGAAUGAUAAGAAAGUUAUUGUAAAACUUGUUGACAAAUCAGGUGAUCAUGUGAACCGUGACCAGUUAUUGGCAGGUGUAAAUAGUACUGAUAAAGAUAGCCCCAAGGAAACUACUACAUCAAAUCAAGAGAGUGGGAAUGAUGGGCACAAAGAGAAUAAAUCUGACCAAGUAUGUGAUGGUCAAAAUACACAGACAUUGUCCGAAGAUUUAGAUACGAAAUUGCAGUCUUUAGAAGAAAGUAAUUUGCCAGUUGAAGAUCUAAAAAGAGAUUUAAUCUUAGAUCAUGUAAAUGGUGAAUUAAAACAUGUAGAUUCAGUGGAGAGUUUGACUGAGAGCACUGGGAGAAAGGAAUCCUGCUCCAGUUAUACGGUACCAGACUGUAAACCAGUUCAAAUUGAGGAUUUUGAUGUUUGUAAUGAGAGGAUAGACUCUGAUAUCAGGUCACCUGUUUAUGAGGAUAUUGAUUUUAAUGAAUCACAUAAAACUCCACCCAAUGAUCAAACUACAUUGGAAUCUAAUACAAACAGUGUUCAGAUUCUAAAUAUAAAACAGGCGAUUGAAGAAGAAGAAGAAAAUCAUGAUCAAGACGAAGCAUUAUUGACGAAUACAAAAUAUUCAAUAUCUACAUGGUCAGAUAAAGAGAAUAAAGUAUUGGAGAAAGAUGGAAAAAAUCAAUAUGGUGAUAAUGAGAUACUACUACCUGGUAAAGUAGACACAGGUGCUAAUAACAUAGACAGAUGUGACAUGGGCAAGUCACAAGUUCUGGAGAAAGUUGAAACAUAUGCUGCUGUUCAUGAAAAACAGACUAAUAUUGAUGAUACUUUAGAAGAAAGUCCAUCCUUGGAUAGUUAUUCAAGCAGAGCCACAUUUUCAAUGCAAGAUCAUGAGUAUGCUGAGAAAUAUUGUGAUGACUCAUCAGAAAAAAGAAAUGACAAACUCCAUGAUUUACAUCUAGUUAAUGAAUUUUCACAAGACAGUGGCUUUAGUGAUUCAGGAUUAUCACCUGACGGUUUAGAAUCAAGAACAUAUAGACGUGAUAGUCCAUCAUUAAUACCUGUCAAAACAGACAUGUUACCUUCGUUUGAUUUGAACGAUGUCAAUAAGGCAAGAGACGCAAUUGUUGCUUUGGUAAAUUCUAAUGCGCUACCAGUUGUACCUCAUGGGACUAAUUCUCAAUCUAGUUCAACUAAAACAUCACCAAAAGUUGGUAAAUUUUCUAUCGGAACAUUUGCUUCUGUUUGUAACUCCACUCUCGGUCUUCAAUCACCAGAAAAGAGUCAAAUCGCAUUCGGGCAAAGGAUUGCCACCUCUCUUCUAUCAAACAAUAUUUGUCAACAGAACAAAAGUGAAAGUGCUGUAACGUGUGUUCAGAAUAAUUCAACUGAACAUAUUGAGCAUGAUCAUGACUAUAGUCUUCCAUAUCAUGCCAGACCAAGUAACAUACCAUUCUCAGUUCAAAAGGUCAACAAGGAAAUAGCUGGCAAGGGAAAAACAAAGGAGAAAAAGAGUGAUGGAAAUGAAAAAAGAUCAAAGCGCUCUGUUAGUUCAGAGUCAAAAGAAGACAAAUCAUUUGAUUUGAUUACUGGGGAAAGUGAGAAAAAGAGCAACAAAAGUGAAAAACUGGCAGAAUUCCUUAAGAAUAGUACAUCAGAUUCUAAAUUAAAAAUUCAAGGAAGUUACAAAGAUGAUUUUGUUUAUUUUCUUAAUACAAAUUUCCGUAGUCGAAGGAGAGCUAGUCAAGACAUUCCACCGGCAGUACCAUCAGAUAAAAUUAUUGUGCCACUUCCUAAACCAGGGGAUAUCAUUGUACCCCACUUGACAAAUGAGGAUUUAGAAGCCAUAAGAUUGGGUAAACAUAGCACAUUGUCAAAUGGUCCCCACACUAAUGGAAGUCUGUCAUCAACAGUAACACAGCCGUCAUUACCAGCCACUGUUUCUACCGCGCUGAGAAACCAAACUAAUGGUGUUAUGACAGAUAUUGAAAGUGGGAUCAUUAAUACGAUAUUAAGUAUGGAAACGGAACCAUGUGCCGAUACCACUGACCCUGUAUUGUUUGGAAACGGAAAUGAAAAUUUUAAUAUCAAUUUCUCCGAUCAGUUGACACCUGAACAAAUGGAAAUUUUAUAUAGUGCUGUGGAUCAAGUCCAGAGCAUUGAUGGCACAUCAAGUGAUAAAGAGAACGUUGGUGACACAAUACAGGGCAAAGGCGUGACGUCUGACCUCAAUGGGGAACCAGCUUGUGUGGAAAUCAAAACAGGGUCCCCAGAAACACCUACUCCAAAAGAGACGGCUGCAACAAGUGACAAAAGUUUACCAGGAAACUCAGAUUCUUCUGAACAACUGGAUUUGUUAAACGAUGACUUGAAAUUGUUUCCAUCAACUCCAGAUGUGUCCAAAAAUAAAUCUGAAGAGACUGAUGCACCUUGGAUUGUGACCGUCAGCAUGUUUUGGAACGACUUGCCUGCAAUUAUGUUGGAAAAGUUACCCUAUUUACGUUUAGUUGACAUUCAUAAACAAAUCCUUCCUGCCAAAGACACGGGUAUUUUGAAAAAACGAUGCCAGCUUUUGGGAAUUGUUGUUAAAAAUUGUUCAGAAAUGCAAAGAUAUUUCCUUGUUCAGUAUGGAAGGGCAUUUAGUUCCAAAAGUAAUUUAAUAAUAAGUAAAGUAAAUGCCGAGUUUUUAAUUGGAUAUUAUGUGAAUCCAGUGACUAAAUUACCAAGGUCAUCAUCAGAAGACCAUCCACAGCCAAAAGUUAAGCCAACUAAAGUCUCCAGACCGAGGUCAAGGCCACCAAGUAGAACUGACAGUGAGAAGACAAAGACAGUUAUUCCUCAGAAAAAACCUCCAGUUAUAGCGGAGCCACCUCCUCCAGCCCCACUUGGCCGAACACGUCAUAAGAAGAUCAAUUUUCUGGAAUUACUAAAGGGGGAUUCAAACAGCAACUCCACAGAAAAUUCUGUAACAGAACAUGUUGAAGAAAAGAAAUCAGAAGGAAGCAUAUCUGUCGUAGUGGUACAACCCCCAGUUGGUUGGAAAAAAUCUGAUUCGACAGUUAAAAAAAUUGAAGUAGGAAAGAAAACUGUUAAACGAUUGCAUUCGGGAAGUGAAAUAAACAAAAAGAAAUCAGAAGAAUGUCAGACAAUUGAUUCUAUGGGUGAUGAUGAUAUUGAGAAUAGAAAUUUAACAUGGCUCUGUAAAAAAAGGCAAAAGAUUCCAUUGAAAGUGAAUAAUAAAAAGGUCAAGAAACCAGGUUCUCUUAAAGUAAAAUGGACAAUUUUUAACAAAGCAAGUAGGAAAAACUUGAUUAAGAAAAAGAAACAGAGGGAGGUAUUAUCUGUUGUGCAUAAAGAUAUUUUACCUAAUAACAGUCAAUUAAACAAUAUACAGCCAGGCAAUGUGUUCAUGGAUUUAUAUAACAAUGAAAAAUCUUCGUGUGUUCGCUGUUGCACAUGUAACAAGAUAUUUUCAAUAGAUGCUUUCCUCUCACAUCAGCAUGAUAAUGGGGGUGAUGGAAAACUGAUUUCCGUGGUUAAUCCACAAAGUUUAAGUCUCAGGGAUGCAUCAGAUUCACAAAAGAAAAUAUGGCGCAACUUUCAGCUUAAAAGGAAACGAUUCAAUAACAAUAAAAUAACAACAGUUCAAAAUGGGUUACCAAAAAUACAAAUUGUAGAAAGACAAAAUGAUUUGGAGAAAAGAACUCUGAUUGUUAAACCUCCGUCAAACAAAUCAUUGCGUAUCAGUUCUAGGAAGCGUAAACAAAAACAAUUGUAUCCCAUCGAAAACUAUUCUUAUAGUUCUGUUGUUAAACACGAAGGACAGGAUACAUCAUCACCUUCACCCAACAAAAUCAUCAAAGUUUCCAAUGCUCUAGCUGAUAAUGUCGUCACAGAGUCAAAUGGACCAAUAUUAACAAGUUUCACUGCCUUAGAACAUGAUGUGUGAUUGUGUACAUGUACAGAAUGUAUGGAUAUUUAGAUGUUUGUUAUGAGUGAUUUUUUUGUUCUGUUAUGUCAGUUUUGUUUGUUUGUUUGUUAGAACCAUCAUGCCAUAGAUGGUCUUAUUAUAUGUAUAUGUAGCAAAGAGUACACCAAAGCUAGAUAUUGAACAUGUUCAUGAAGUUUAUGAUUUAGAAUAUUGCAAUCAAAAUAUUUGAAACUGACAGAUACCAUGCUAAAUUCCUGAUCUUUUUAAACAUUAUUAAAUUUAAAGGUCAAUUGAUCUAUAGUGUGAAGAUAUUCUGAAAGGUCUACUAUCUUCAAACAGUGGAAUUUUUCUUGUGCAUUUUUAUAAAUGGAGAUCAUGUACUUUUAUCAUGUUUAUCAUUUUGUUAAUUGUAAAAUUAAAAGUAUGUAACUUUUUUCUU